AUCAACAAGUUUCACAUUCGCAACUGCUUCAGUUGAAUGGCUGAUGACUUACCACUCAUCUCUGUAUCUUCAAUCUGGUGUACUGACCACAGCAUGAAAGUAUGGCCGGCAUACAAUCCUCACUAAUAUGGAUCGUCUAUGCGAUCGUCGUCGCGAUUCUGUUUGCUGUCGCCUCCAUCUUCAUCUAUAUUUACCAAACACCUCGGGAUCGAUCACCGCUCGUAACAAUAGUCUCUAUCAUCACAAUCACAGCUCUCCUUGCGACUGUACUAUUACAACCAGUUGAUGUCGCCCUCAUAUCCUCGACGACUUCUUCCAAGCUCGGCCGCCGCAAGGAUUGGGCUUCGCAGGAUGAGGUGGAUAAAAUAGUUUUCUCAUUGAGAGUGGUGUAUUACCUACUCUACUCAUUGGAUGCGGUGCUGUGCUUGUUGGUUGUGCCGUUUACCUAUUUCUGGUACGAGGAAUAUGAUGAAGUUGCUGUGCAAGAAGGGGAGCAGACAUUUGGGAAACGGUUUUGGAAUGCUUUCAAGUAUACGAUUGCCUUCAUCUUUCUUGCUGUCAUUCUUUUCCUUGCUGGAUUUUUCAUUCCGAUUCGAGGCAUAUCGGAGGACAAGGAUUUGGAUUUCUUCAAAAAACUGUUGACUGAGAAUCAUGGCGAAAGAGCGCUCACCUUCGCUUUGGGCAUACUCCUCACGCUGGGAACAUGUCUUUACGUCGUUUAUACUUCAACCGGUUUUGCAUUCUUGCCCAUCACACUUAUCAAGACUGCGCCCUCGAUCUCGAACCCUACACUAAAAGCAAAUACCGCAUCGCAACUCGAGAGCAACCGCGAACGUCAACGCCAAUUGAAUGCCCGCUGUGGCGGAGAUACAGAUCAAUUGUCAUCCAAAGACCGCAGGGAAUUUGAUCAAUUAGUCCGGGAGGAAAGAACACUUAUCCGAAGGCAACGCUUGAUUGAAGAAGCACAGGGCGAAGGACGCAGCUGGUUGAUUCAAGCAUGGUUCAAAAUAGAAGCGGUAUUCAGGCCUUUCAAGCUUCUCGGAGGAAUUCUGCUUCUUAUCGUCGCCAUCUUCAUCUGGGUCUCUAUGCUGCUCACCGCAAUCGACAAGGCGAACAACUCCGUCUGCAAGCAUAACUGCGGAUACAUCCUGGGACAUAUUAAUGUCUUCAAUCCCAUCAACUGGAUCUUCGUGCAAUCCGCGCGCGUCUUUCCGGUGGACUACGUUUUAUUCGCAUUGAUUGUUUUGCUAUUCUUCAGUAGCUCCGUCGUCGGUAUAGCGACAGUGGGCAUUCGCUUCCUCUGGAUCAGAAUCUUUCAAAUCCGUAAAGGUCAUACUUCACCACAAGCGCUUUUAUUAGCGACCGUGAUGUUGACAUUGAUCACACUUGCGUUAAACUAUGCCAUGUCAAUGAUUGUCGCCCCUCAAUACGCUACUUUUGGACCACAGACAUUCUGCGAUAAACCAAUUAACCAUCCCGGCGCACAAGCCGAUUGCUCUGACGACAAGGACAAGGAUCUUAUCAAGCCAUGUACAGAAUUGGCUGAUAACCCAGCUGCCAAAGAGGUCUGCACCCCAAGUGUGGUCAGCACAUUCUUCAACAGAGUCACGUUGAACUUUCCAUAUUUCGGUGUCAUUAUUUUCUGGGCUCAAUUCGUUUUCCUAGGUUUAUAUUUGAUCAUCCUUGUAACUUCCUUAUUCCGUACACCGAAACUCGACGAACAUCAAAUCGAUGAAGAUGCCGAGGAAGCCGAAGAGGAAGGAUUGCUAGCUAGUACGGGUCGACGAUUCAAUGCGACGUGGCAAGAUAUUCGAGGAGAGGAAUCCGCCUAGCUCUGAUUUUAUAUCAUGAAGUGUAUGAUUUUUGGUCCUGGGAAUUUUGGUGUUUUAUGGAUGCACAGUUUAUAGGUUAUGCAUAGGGUUUGAUUAUAUAUUGUCCACAGAUCGUUCAAUUCUUCAUUAUGAAAUACAUAUUAUCACUGAUCACGAAGACCGCUCAUAUUUCACAGCUUUGUGCCCUGAAUCACCUCCAUCAUCCAUAUGCAUCUCCCACCAACAUCGAACACAAAACAACUGAUCCCCUUCACAAUCCAAACAUUUCAUCUUUGCAGUAUCGUAGCAUAUACAACAGCAAUCGGGAGAUUCAUCAUCCUUUCUGGCAGAUUCGCCAGGUCGAGUAUCUGGAGCUGAUGGGAGAGACAGCGCUGCUAGACGCGAAGAUAAAUCAUCGUCAUUCUCCUCGACCUCAAACCCCGUAGGGGAGGUGCUGUUGUUAUCUUUGCCUGGUGAUG